ACCAAGCAAAAGAAAUUCAAACCGCUCUCUAUUGUGACUGCAGCUGCAAGGUCUAGGCAGUUUCCUGAUGAUUUCUACGCUGACGGGAGUCCCGAGUGUUAUGUUCUGCAAACAUUGCCAUCAUAGUGUAGACUACACACGAUUAGACACUGUAAAAGACCAUAUCAAAAGUAAGAAACAUAUGAAAAGAAAAGAAUCAAAGACAGAACCUUUAGGUGGAUCAUCCAAGGGGCCACAUCAGCGUCAGAUCAGUUUGGAUACAGCUAUGAAAUCUAAAGAUCUUCGAGAAGGGUUUAUAUUAAGUGUAAAGUGCUUUGUAAAGUGCUGCACCAUGGCUGACAUCCCUCUCAACAAAGUGGAGAAUAUGAGACCUUUUAUGAGGCCUAACAGUGUUUAUGUGCCAUGUCUGGCUCAUAUCAUCAAUCUUGGUGCCGAAGCAUUCCAACAUUACCCAGAAUUCAGCAAGGUUGACACUUUCACAAAGAUGGUGAAGUCAUCGUUCUUUAAGAAGCCAGCACGCAAGAACAGGCACCUCAAGUAUGUCAGAGAAUAUCUGACAGCUGACCAGUGCAAGUUGCCCCAUGUCCCCGUUUCCACCCGAUGGAAUUCAUGGUACAACUGUCAAAUAUCAUUCAGAACACCUCCAUGUCUAUGAAGGGUUCUUUAGACAGGAGGCGAGUAAAGGUGUGGCCGUUGAAACAAUAUUAGAGAUGCUACGGAACAAGGACAUCUACAACGAACUGAAACUCUACAUGGGUUUCAUCACUGAGCACAGUGCCCGUCUCACAACCGUACUCACCAGCCUAGAGGGUACAAUGAAACCACGUGCCUGCACCGUUUUCAAUGUUCUUGAAGAUGUUAACGCAUUCCUUGCUGCUGAGAGGAUCAUUUGGUGAAACUAACAAGCUGCUACAAGAAAACCCUCAAGCAGAAAAAGAGAAGCUUUGUAGAACUUUUAAGAACGUGUUCAAGACAGCAGCAGACAAGAUCAACAAGCACCUUGACCAACAUCCAGCUAUGCCUUUUUACAAGGCUGCUCGGAUUUUUGAUCCGAGACAGCUUGGCUCCAUUUUACUGGACAUAGGCGACUACCAGCAUGUCUUAACUGGUUUGAUUACAAUCAAACAGAGGCUCUACAAGAAUGGCUAAUAUACA